CUCUUCCGCACCAACAGACGGAACACUGGAGUACACUGGGUAGGCACAACUUUUCUCGCGGGCUCAUAGGGUGGAUUGACGGAUUUCUCCUGCAUCUACUUCGUUUUCACUCCACACGGUUUUCCCAGCAACAACAUUCUCCUAUCCCUGUAUAGCGUUUCAUUGGCGGUUGCCUCGAUCUUACACAUACACCAUGCAUUGGGCCAGGCAAAUUUGUACACAUGGCAUAGCGACACUUGUGCAUUGCAUCAUCGCAUCGGAGAUAAGGCUGGAGGAUUUACUUGUUGACAUUCAUUCUCACGCGUUGGACACGUACGUACACAUGCUUAGGUGGAUAGUUCAGCUCUUGCGGCAUGUAUCAAACGAUUCAGCAUGCGCACUCCUUCGCGGGCGACGCUUCCGCUGCGUUCCAGAGUUUAAAGUUUGUGCAGGGGUGAAGCGAUCGACUUCGGGUGACACUGACAAGUGGGGAGUGCAGAAGCACGGACGUGUAGCUUCACAAGUGGAGGCGGGGAUGCAGGUUUAUCCUCCAAUCCUGAAUCUCGAUCGCGAGCUGUAGUUGGUCUGGAGCGCAUUACAUCGCUCGAUUUCUCGACCCAAAAAAAG